AUUCAUUUGUGAUGACAACUGUCAUAUUGCCACCGCACGUAAAGGUGGAAUUCUGUAGCGCUGCAUAACAAACGAACGAUAUAUAUUACUUAUAUUUUCUGUAGUUUUCUUUGUAAUUUGUGGGUUAUCAUUAGUGAAUCUGAUGACAGGCAAUUUAUUUUAAAGGUAUUUUUAGAAAACAAUAUUAAACUGUCACUAUAAACGACAUCUAAGGCGUCUGAAAAAAUCGCUUUUUCAAUAUAGCAGAUUGCUGACGACUACAUGUUUUACGUAUUAUUUUAUUUGUGAAGUUUUCGAAAUGGCUGAUAAAGAACAAGUUAUCCAAGCUUUGAGAGCUACACUCAUUUCAGUGAAAGGCGCUUUAACAAUAAAGCAGUGCAACCGUGAUUAUAGAGAAUUACAAGGAGAAUGGAUCCCAUAUAAAAAGCUAGGUUAUCCCAGUCUAGAGAAAUUAUUUCAAGAUGUUCCUGGCUUUAAAAUAACUCAAGUAAAUGGUGAUUGGGUAGUUGAUGCUAUUGCAAGCCAGGAAACACAGCAUAUAGCUACAAUGGUUGCACGCCAGAAGUCAAAUAAAAAGCACAAUUUAAAAUUGAAUUACCCUAAUCGUUUUCCAAAAAAACAAGGGUCUUGGAGAAAACCGACUUCAUCAUCCUAUUAUCACUCUAACGUCAGCAACCAAUAUUCAAAUUAUUAUAAUUGCAACAAGUCUAAUAAACAGAACAAAACCAAUGAUGUAAGGGCUUCACUUCAAACUGGGAAAAUUUUUAAAAUAUCCACUGAACAUCAAGACAAAACUGUUGUAAAUAAUCUGAAAAAGUUAAAUGCAACUACCCCGGUUACAAAAGACACUAAAGAACACAAACAUUCCACUAAAAAUGAAAAAGAGAAUGAUGGAAGAAGCGUUGGCAAAAUUUCGGCUUCUCAGAGGUUGUCUAAUCUACGUGAUAGACUAAAUACAGUUGAUUUGAUACCUUUGCAACUUCCAGUUCACAAUGACUACAUUCUGCAGGAAAGCGGAGAUAUAGUCAAACACGCAGUACCUGCUCACUCGUUAGAGCCUCCACCGGAUUCAACCUCUGCGAUUGAAAAACUCGAAUGGACCUGCCGAAAGUUAGGUCUGCCUCAGCCGACGUACAAGUUUAUCGAUAUACGACCCAAGCGCGGACCUCCGUGCUUUCACUGUUCAAUCAAGGUGGGCGGCUCGUACUCUGUGUCGUCGUACCCCGAGUCGUCGCCGAGCGAGGAGCUGGCCAAGGAGCUGGCGGCCGUGAAGCUGCUGGCCGUCAUCGAGAGCUCGGAGGCGGGCGGGCUGCCCACGUCGGGCGGCGCGGCGGCGCUGGCGGGCCUGGCCGCGCUGCUGGCCGACCGCGCCGCCGGCGUCUGGGCCACGCAGGUGCCGCACCUCUACAGGGAAAAGUAUAAAGAAAAUUUACCAAGCAACUGGUUGGAGUUAGUAGAGAAUUGUCCUCUUAUAUUGAAAGAUAGACUUGUCAAUGGAUUGGUACUUCUACCCAACAAUGAGGAGGUCAAAACGCCAUUGAUUGAAUCUUUACUUCUUGAAGAAACAAGCGAUACUAACUUGCCACCCUUGCAAUUUCCGGAAAAUGAUUUUUGGAAUGUCUUUAUAACGGUAGCGAAUUCAACCCUCGAAGUUUGGCUUCGAAUUAUUGGUGUUGAAUAUAGUGACGCAUUUGAGGUUCUUCUAAACGACAUGGCCGAGUAUUAUGACCACAGUGGCACAUCAGUGGACAAAUCUAUGAUAAUAAAAAAUGCCUGGUAUGCAGUGAAACUAGACGAUGGCGGUUGGCAGCGAGCGAAAAUUUUAGAAAUCGAAGACGAAAAAGCGACCGUCUUCCUUGGCGAUCACGGAGACGACGAUUCAGUUUAUUUUAGUAAUAUAAAAAUACUGGAAACACAAUUUCGGAAACUUCCGGCUCAGGCGGUGCUGUGCCGGCUGGAGGGCGCGGAGGAGCUGGCGGCCAGCGAGGCGGGCGCGGCGCUGGUGCGGCGCCGCCUGCCCGGCGAGGUGCUGGUGGCCGCGCCCGCGCCGCGCACCGACCCCUCCGACCCCUCCGUCGCCGUCGUGCUCUACGACACCUCCACCCCGCGCGACCUCAACCUCAACAAGGAGAUCGUGCACGACUUCUGCAUGUCCGGUGCCUUCUCGCUUACGCAGAAGCUGUGCGCGGUGGAGGUGGGCUGCGUGACGGAGGAGGGGCGCGUGUGGGUGGCGCGCGCGGGCGGCGCGGACGCGGUGCGCGCGGCGCUGGCGCUGCUGACGGCCGGCCCCUACCGCCGCCCGCUGCCCGCCGCGCCGCACGCGCCGCCCGCGCAGCCCGGCGCGCUCUACAUCGUGCGCACGCUCGCCGGCGACUGGGUGCGGUGCGUGAUCAUCAGCGGGCUGGACGGCGAGGGCACGGUGCGCACGCAGCUGGUGGACAGCGGGCUCAUCCUGCGCGCGCCGCUGUCGUCGUUGGUGCCGCUCAGCACCUUCUCGCCCGCGCUCGACGCCUACCCGCACCAGGCGGCGCAGGUGCGGCUGGGCGCGGCGGAGCGCGUGGCGGCCAGCAUGGCGGGGCGGCUGCGCGAGCUGCUGCUCGGCGCGGCCGUGCUGUGCCGCGCGCUGCCCGGCAGCUCCGGCAACGACUCCGUGCCGCACGUCGAGCUCUUCGUGCGCUCCGGGCCCAAGAACUUCCUCGUGCCCGUCAACAACUCCAUCCUCAUGGAGUACGAGUACCUGCAACUCGCAAACCCCAAGGAGGAGGAAAAGGAGACGACAAAGCACCUGGAGGAGCUCACCAAGAAGAAGGAGCGCAUAUUCCCUACGGCGUCGUCGGGUGCGGAGGGGCGUGAGGGGCGCGAGGCGCGGGAGGGGCGCGAGGGCCGCCCCGGGGCGCUGCCGCCCCCCGCGCUGCCCGCGCCCGGAGAGUACUACGACGUGUACGUCGCCAUGGCCGCCAACCCCUGGAACUUUGUCGUUCAACCGAUCAGUACAAGACACACGUUGCAGACAAUGAUGGCAAAGCUUCAAGAUGAGUGCCCGAAGAUUCCCGAAUCGGAGGCUCCUACAAAACCGACCGCUGGAGAGCUUUACACGGCCUACUAUGAUAAAGAUGACUCGUGGUAUAGGGUGGUGGUGGCGAGCGCGGUGUCGGCGGAGAUGGUGUCGGUUUACUUCUGCGACUUCGGCGACCUGGCGCUGCUGGCGGCGCGCGCGCUGCGGCCCGUGCCCGCCGCCGCGCCGCUCGCGCGCUCGCUGCCGCCGCAGGCCGUCAAGGCGCGGCUGCACGAUGUUAAACCUCUACAUCAAGACUGGACUGUAGAAGACUGUAUUAGAUUUCAAGACUUAUGCGUGGAGCAAGAAUUUGUCAGCGUAUGCAAGGAAGUCGGCAAGGAUCCGCUGAACCCUACCGAACCUUUACUCACGCUCGACCUCAUAGAUACCUCUACAGAUGAAGACAUUUAUAUUAAUAAGCAAUUAGUCACAGAAGAACGAGCCCGGCUAGCUUCGGCUUCUUAAAUGUCGUUCUUAUUAAAAAAUAAAGUAAAGAUAAUUAGCUAUUUAAUUUUUUUUAUAUUCGCCGUUAUGUUUAUAUAUCUGUCUAAUUCGUGAUAUAUUCUUUUAGUUAACUUUGUUACUUUUAAUUAUUUCUGUAGUAAGUGGUUUUUUCGUUUAUAAUGUUAAAUUUUUUACUUCUGUCCAUUUUUUGUUCGUCUGAACUUUUCGAACAAAAUGUCAUUUGAACAUUUUGAUUGUGAAAUUUUUAGAAAAUGUUGCUGUAUGUUAACGUUAAUAUAAAAAGAAUAAACUGUUUUCUGUGCAGUUAAUACAUGAAUGGUUGUCGUUUCACUAUUUUUUUGAUUGUAGUGAAUACUGACAAUUAAGAUUAUUUUUAUUGUUAAUGCAUUUAUUUUGACUGAUAAAGGUGACUCAUAUGUUUUACACAUGUAUAAUAUGACAGACUGUACAGAUCUGAUCUCAGUUGUUACUUUGUUUUCGAAAACUAAUUUAUUAGACUUAAUUUCAACAUACGAACUAUUAUUAUUUUUUACUUCUUAUGACCACAUAAGAAGGCAGUAGUUAUUUUCCUAAAAUUUUUGCUUCUUAGAAAAGUCGGUAGUAAUAUUAAUCUCAUGUUUGUUACGAUUAUAAUCCCAUGUUAUGUGAUAUUUAAGUCCCUGUUUAUAAGUUAUAAAUUAUUUGAAAAUCUUUAAUCUUUAAUAAAACGUUAACUUACAAAAAAAAACAUAAAAUAGGAAAAUGUCAAAAAAAACUAAAUUUGGUAUAAAGACAUAUUAGAACAUACUUUACUCCUAAAUAAAAAUGGUACAUGUUUUUUCAUAUAAUCCAAUUAUAGUAUAGACAUAGAAACAAUAUUAAUGUUUAGUAACCUAAUAUUUUACAAUACCAUAUAUCUACCCGCAUGACUUCAUUGUUCUCGGAAUCUGUAGAAUCUGUGUCCUGUGCACUAUCAAAAUAAAAGUAAUGCGUAUUCAAA